AUGCGAGGCUUUCCAGGCCCUGCCCCCGGGAGGCGCUGGGCACUGGGGCUGCUCGCCGCCGCCAGCGCCCUCGGCCUGGGGCGUGCGGCCGGCGCCCCGCGCGGCGGCUCUUUGAGCCUGCAGGCGAGGCUGAACCGCACCUACGCCACGCUGCCGCGCGGCAGGGGGGGCCUGCCUGGAGCGAGUGCCGUGCGCUACCUGGCGCGCCGCUACCUCCGGGCGGAGCACGGCUGGGUGGCGAAGGGCCUCGACCUGGAGCCGCUGGCUGCGGGGGUCAACGCCAGCGCGCUGGCCGCGAGGCGGGCCUCUGCUGUGCUGCGGGUUCCCAGGGGGCUGCCGGUGGAGGGGAAGGACGCUCUGCGCGCCGUGCUGGAGGAGGAGCCCGAGCGGGGCUUCUCCCUGGAGGAGGCGGCGGGCUUCGUUGGGGCCCUGGAGCACGCGCUGGUGGACUCCUGCGUCACCACGCUGCGGCGCGCGAUGAGGGUGGCGGCGGACAUUCGGGGCAAGGGCGGCGAGUCGCUGCAGAGCGUGCUAUAUGUCUACGGGGUGCUGACGAGGGGCGGCAGGGAGCUGGAGUCGAAGCUCGCGCGCCUCCAAGACAAAGAGGAAGUGCGGGCGCGACUUGCUCGAAGUGUCCGGUCCUUUGACAAGGAGUUUGAGGAGAUGCUGGAGACCACGGUGUUCAAGGUGUCGAAGUAUCUCACUGGCAAGCCAGGCACAAUCUUCGAGAAGGCGCUGAAAGGCGCCCGGAUGCUGCAAAUGCAGUUUGCCCACUUCGUGGCCAAGCAGUGCGGCGUGUUUCGGUCCACGCUGUCGAAGCAGGACACGCUGGGGAGCGGCCAGUUGCGCUUGGCCGGCGCCUGGGGGACGUCUGUGCACAGGUGGGCGCUGGUGGAGACGCCCGAGUUCUUGAGCAGCCUGGGCGUCCUCGUAAAGAAGGGGGUGUACGGCGGAGGCCCUGGGCUCCUCAUCCCGAACUACAUCUCCUCCAUGAGCGGCUGCACGGAGCCCGCGCACCGCCACUUCGUCUACUGCUGCCCCGACGAGUGCGAGGAGGAGGUCAUCCCCAGGAUCGAAGUCCGCGCCGACGGCCCCCGCGUUGCAGCGGAGAGCGUGUGGGCGGCGGUCCGGCCGCUGCUGAAGAGCCCGCCGCGCACGCGGGCUGCCAGGGAGGCCCUCCGCUCCGAGCUGGGCGCCCUCGGUCGGGGGCCCAACGACACGACCGUUGCCGUGCACGGGCGGCCCCUGGCGCGCUGGCUGCACAGAGCCUUCCCGGACAAGUGCAGGAUGCCCGUGGCAGGGCCGCCGCUCGUGGUGGACCCUGCGCUGCUGCCCAACACCGCGGAGGCGGCGGGCGUGUGGGUGGCUGUCAGCUCCGACGAGGUGCUGGGGAUCAAGAACCACCUGAACACGCGGUGGGGCGCUGACAGGAUGGGCAGCGAGCCUGCCUCCUUCGCCUGGCGGAGCCGCUGGACCCUGCACGAGGAGUUCGUGCUGAUCAGCAGGCUCCUGAAGGAGAGGAGGGACCUGAGGGGCCCAGAUCACGACAACGACGACGAGGACCUGCGGGACCUGCAGGUGGCCGAGGCGCUCGAGGACGCCCUGAACAUGCGAAUCCUGGCCGCCACCGCCGAGACUGGCUCCGUGGGGAGCAACCCAGCGUACCAUCUGCUCGCCGCAGCCGCGGCAGUGGGCGGCUCCCCGGUGUUCGCUUUCGGUCUACACGCCGUGCUGCGUGUCGUGGGUGUCGCCGCGAGUGUCGUCAUGCUGCCCGUGGUUGCAGGGCUCGUCAGCACACUGUCGCCAGUGCUGUCGGCCUUGGCGGCCAUGUGGGCGGCGUUGCGACGGGUAGGCUCCGCGCUCGUGGGCAUCCUGUGCCGACGCACCGCCGCAAAGGCCGAUCCGAAGCUGCGCCAAGCGAGGCCAGGACCCUUCGCCAAGGCGCGGGAGGCCGCGCAGCAUAGGCCCCAGCCCCAGGAGCCGACACCGCCGCAGGCGGCGACGCACCCAGAGCGGCAGGCGAUAAAGCCCUCGCAGGCGCCCACGGCACCGCCACUGCCGCCAGAGUCGAGCGAGCUGCAGAGGAGCCGCCCGGACGACUGGGCCUCGCCGCCCGCUCCGGAGGCCGCCGUGGUGGCGCCCCCAGAGCCCCAUCCGGAGCCCGCCGCCACCGAUCCGGUGCCGCAGGCCCUGGAGCCGCCAGCCCCAGCGGCCGCGGGGACGAGGGGCACGGCGAUCCUGAAGUCGGCAUCAAGCUGGGCCGACAUGCACGACAACGACGAUGAGCCCCCGUGCCCGUCGAUCUGGGCGGCGGCCGAUCUGGCGGGCCCGCCCGAGCGGCCCCGGGGCCUGCAGCUGGUGAGCGCGCUCGUGGGAGGAAAGUCGUCCACCCCAAGAGCGCCGCAGCCGGCGGCGAAGCUAGCGCCCUCGGCGGCGCCGGCCCGCGCGCAGCCGACAGCCGCGCCGCCCGCGGGCGCAUGCGCGCACGGCGUACCGCCCACGGCGCCACCAAGCCAGCCGCCCACCAGGGGCCUCGCCCUCGUGAAGGGCCUCUUGGGGAGCAGGCCUCAGCAUGCCCCCGAGCCGCCAGGCGGGCUGGCGCCUGCUGCGGCCCAGGCUGCGCCGGCCACGGCCCCUCCAAGGAGCACGCCGUCGCUGCGGGUGCCCCCCGCACCUGCUGCCACGGGCGCGAGGCGGUGGCAGGAGCCCCGGGUGGCCGCGGGCGGCGCCGAAGCCCCAGCUCCAGCGGCGGUGCACGGCGUACCCGCGUACAGAGGGUCUGUCGGCGGCCGCGCGCUGCCAGUCGCGCCCUCGGGCCCCGCUCCAGCGGCGCUGGCCCGGGGACGCACGGAGGCCCACGGCAACGGUGGGGCCGACCGAGGAGCAGGCCACGGUGCUGGAGGCAAGGAGGGCGGACGGGGCAGCACCGCGCCGAGGGAGGCAGCCGCCACGGCCGGGGAGGCGAGGGCCUCUGGCGGCGACCCCCCGGAGGACGAGGACAAGCACCCAUCUCGCCCCCUGGACGCCUGGUUUCGACGGCGCGUGUUCGAGCUGAGAGUCAUGGUGAGCAUGGGCACCACGGACCUGCUGGGGGUGCUGGAGGCGCUGACGGACGAGCAGCUGGCGCCGCCGUAUGCCGAGGCCAAGAUGUGGCUGGGGCUGGACGAGGGGGAGCCGCUGCCGGAGGCGCUGGAGGGGCUGGUGUCCGAGUUCCUGGCGCGUCGUCGGGAGCUGCGGGGAGUCGGCGCGGAGAGCGUCUGCGCGCCUGGCCGCGCCAGCGCCGGCUCUGAGGGGAGCCCAGGCAAAAGCGGUGAGCACCCGCAGCGGAAGCCGAAGGGCGGCUCGGCGUGCCGCUGGGUUCCCAAGCAGAGCCAGGCCUGA